GUGUCCAGAUCCCGUUAUGGAAAAAAUGAUUUAAAUAAGCUUUGGAUAGAGAGUAUAAAAAAUAAGCAGCCUCAUCGCCCCUUCACUCCUAUUCUUCUUUGAUCAUUCCAUUCCAUAAAAUGGCUUACCAGUACAUAGUUGGAGGAGUGAUCGCUUCUCUUCUGGGGUUUGUUUUCUUGUACAAUUCGUUUGUAAGAAGACUCAAGAAGACAAGAAUAUCCUCUAUGGAGUUCCCUGUGGAAACCUGUGUGAAGAAAACGGGAAGCGGCGAGGUUGUUGGGGCUACAGAUAUUAUCAUAGUCGGUGCCGGAGUUGCAGGCGCUGCUCUUGCCUAUACCCUUGGAAAGGACGGACGUCGAGUGCAUGCGAUCGAGAGAGAGUUAAACCAGCCUGACAGAAUUGCUGGUGAAGCUUUAUUACCAGGGGGCUACGUCAAGUUAAUUGAGUUAGGCCUGGAGGAUUGUGUAGAUGAGAUUGAUGCUCAGCGAAUUUUGGGUUAUGAUCUGUACAAGGAUGGAAAGAGUACCAAGAUAUCUUUUCCCUUGGAAAAAUUUCAGUCCCAUGUGGCUGGAAGAAACUUCUAUAAUGGACGCUUUGUACAAAAGUUGCGGGAGAAAGCCGCAUCUCUUCCCAAUGUAAAUCUAGAGCAAGGGACAGUAACAUCUCUGCUUGAAGAAAAUGGGACUAUCAAAGGAGUGUAUUACAAAACCAAGAGUGGUCAAGAGCUGACAGCAUCUGCUCCUCUAACCAUUGUAUGCGAUGGUGGUUUCUCAAAUUUGAGACGCUCUCUCUGCUACCCUAAGGUUGAUAUCCCCUCUUAUUUUGUUGGUUUGGUUCUGGAGAACUGUAAACUUCCGCAUGCAAAUUAUGGAGCUAUUAUACUGGAAGAUCCUUCACCUAUCUUGUUUUAUCCUGUUACCAGCACUGAAAUACGUUGCUUGGUUGAUGUACCUAGCCAAAAACUACCCUCUGUUUCCGGUGGUGAAAUGGCCCAUUUCUUAAAAAAUGUGAUAGCUCCCAAGAUUCCUCCUGAACUACACACUGCCUUUAUCUCUGCAGUAGAGAAGCAGAACAACAUAAGAACUAUGGCGAAUAGAACCAUGCCAGCAGCCCCACUUCCUACUCCUGGUGCACUUUUGAUUGGUGAUGCAUUCAAUAUGCGACAUCCUAUAACCGGAGGAGGAAUGACUGUUGCACUAUCUGAUGUUGUUGUGAUAAGGGAUCUUCUAAGACCCUUGCACAAUCUAGGUAAUGCAUCGGCAGUUUGCAGAUAUCUUGAAUCUUUUUAUACCCUGAGGAAGCCAAUGGCAUCUACAAUAAAUACGUUGGCUGACACCCUACACAAGUUAUUUAGUGCCUCAUCUGAUCCUGCAAUGCAGCAAAUGCAACAAGCAUGUUUCGGCUAUUUGAGUCUUGGAGGCGUUUUUUCGAAUGGACUCUCAUCUCUACUCUCUGGUCUGUACCCUCGUCCGUCAAGUUUAGCAUUUCACUUCUUUGCCAUGGCAGUGUAUGGUGCUGGCCGGUUGCUACUUCCAUUUCCUUCUCCCAACCGCAUGUGGACUGGGGCUAAAUUGAUUUGGACAAAAGCUGCAGCAGCGACUUCUUCUUCUUCUUCUUCCAUGGUGUCUCCAAUGGAAAAUUGUGUGAAGAAAACAGGGAAUGGCGAGGUUGCUGGGAGUACAGACAUUAUCAUAGUUGGCGCUGGAGUUGCUGGUUCUGCCCUUGCUUAUACACUUGGAAAGGACGGACGCCGAGUGCAUGUGAUUGAGAGAGACUUAAGUGAGCCUGACAGAAUUGUUGGUGAACUUCUACAGCCAGGGGGCUACCUUAAGUUAAUUGAAUUGGGUCUUGAAGAUUGUGUAGAUUGCAUUGAUGCUCAACAGGUUUUUGGUUAUGCUCUGUACAAGGAUGGAAAGAAUACCAGGUUGUCUUAUCCCCUGGAAAAGUUUCACUCAGAUGUUGCGGGAAGAAGCUUCCACAAUGGACGUUUCAUACAAAGGAUGCGGCAGAAAGCUGCUUCUCUUCCCAAUGUAACUCUAGAACAAGGAACAGUAACAUCUCUACUUGAAGAAAAUGCGACUAUUAAGGGAGUUCAGUUCAAAACUAAGGGUGGUCAAGAGUUGACCGCAUAUGCUCCCCUUACUAUUGUAUGCGAUGGUUGUUUCUCAAAUUUGAGACGCUCUCUCUGUUACCCGAAGGUUGAUGUCCCCUCUUGUUUUGUUGGAUUGGUUCUGGAGAACUGUGAGCUUCCGCAUGCAAACCAUGGACAUGUUAUAUUGGCAGACCCUUCACCUAUCUUGUUUUACCCUAUCAGCAGCACCGAGAUUCGUUGCUUGGUUGAUGUGCCUGGCCAAAAAGUUCCUUCUGUUUCCAAUGGUGAAAUGGCCCAUUACUUGAAAACUGUGGUGGCUCCCCAGAUUCCUUCUGAACUGUACACUGCCUUUAUCUCCGCAAUUGAUAAGGGGAACAUAAGAAGCAUGCCAAACAGAAGCAUGCCUGCUGCUCCACACUCAACUCCUGGUGCACUUUUAAUGGGUGAUGCAUUCAAUAUGAGACAUCCUUUAACCGGAGGGGGAAUGACUGUUGCACUAUCUGAUAUUGUGGUACUAAGGGAUCUUCUAAGACCCCUGCACGAUCUGUAUGAUGCAUCUACUCUUUGCAAAUCUCUUGAAUCUUUUUAUACCUUGCGGAAGCCAGUGGCAUCUACAAUAAACACAUUGGCUGGAGCCCUAUACAAGGUAUUCAGUGCCUCCCCUGAUCCAGCAAGGAAGGAGAUGCGGCAAGCAUGCUUUGACUACUUGAGCCUUGGAGGCAUAUUCUCAAAUGGACCAAUCUCUCUGCUCUCUGGUCUGAACCCCCGCCCUAUAAGCUUAGUCCUACAUUUCUUCGCAGUCGCUAUCUAUGGCGUUGGCCGCUUGUUACUUCCAUUUCCUUCACCUAAACGCAUUUGGACUGGGGCUAAAUUGAUUUCGGGUGCAUCAGGCAUCAUUUUCCCCAUUAUCAAGGCUGAAGGAGUUAGACAAAUGUUUUUCCCUGUAACUAUGCCAGCAUACUACAGAGGUCCUCCUGUUCAUUGGGAGAAUGAGGAAAACAAUGGGAAAACUCAGAAACCCCACAAAUAUUUACUGCUGAGCCAAACCAAUUUGUAUCAGUAGUUAAUCUUCUGCCACCAAUUCUUUUUGACUUUCUAGCUAAGUAAACAAAACAAGUGUAUAAUAGGAACCAUGUUGGUAUGGUAUUAUUUCAGA